GCACCCUACCCACCCGGAGGACUUUUUUUUGAAAGGAAACGAGGGAGGGAGAGGAAGAGAGGGAGAAAACGAAGGGGAGCUUGUCCAUCCAUUGAAGCACAGUUCACUAUGAUCUUACUUACAUUCAGCACUGGAAGACGGUUGGAUUUCGUGCAUUAUUCGGGGGUCUUUUUCUUGCAAACCUUGCUUUGGAUUUUAUGUGCUACAGUCUGCGGAACGGAGCAAUAUUUCAAUGUGGAGGUUUGGUUACAAAAGUACGGCUACCUUCCACCAACUGACCCCAGAAUGUCGGUGCUGCGCUCCGCAGAGACCAUGCAGUCCGCCCUAGCUGCCAUGCAGCAGUUCUACGGCAUUAACAUGACAGGAAAAGUGGACAGAAACACAAUUGACUGGAUGAAGAAGCCUCGAUGUGGCGUCCCUGACCAGACAAGAGGUAGCUCCAAAUUCCACAUUCGUCGAAAGCGAUAUGCAUUAACAGGGCAGAAGUGGCAGCACAAACACAUCACUUACAGUAUAAAGAACGUAACUCCAAAAGUAGGAGACCCUGAGACUCGUAAAGCUAUUCGCCGUGCCUUUGAUGUGUGGCAGAAUGUAACUCCUCUUACAUUUGAAGAAGUUCCCUACAGUGAAUUAGAAAAUGGAAAACGUGAUGUGGAUAUAACCAUUAUUUUUGCCUCUGGUUUUCAUGGAGACAGUUCUCCCUUUGAUGGAGAGGGAGGAUUUUUGGCACAUGCCUAUUUUCCUGGACCAGGAAUUGGAGGAGAUACCCAUUUUGACUCUGAUGAGCCGUGGACACUGGGAAAUCCUAAUCAUGAUGGAAAUGACUUAUUUCUUGUAGCAGUUCACGAACUGGGACAUGCUCUGGGAUUGGAGCAUUCCAAUGAUCCCACAGCCAUCAUGGCUCCAUUUUACCAGUACAUGGAAACAGACAACUUCAAACUACCUAAUGAUGACCUGCAAGGCAUCCAGAAGAUAUAUGGUCCACCUGACAAGAUCCCUCCACCUACGAGACCUCUACCGACAGUGCCCCCACACCGCUCUAUUCCUCCAGCUGACCCAAGGAAGCAUGACAGGCCAAAACCUCCUCGGCCUCCCACGGGCAGACCCUCCUAUCCUGGAGCAAAACCCAACAUCUGUGAUGGGAACUUUAACACUCUAGCUAUUCUUCGCCGUGAGAUGUUUGUUUUCAAGGACCAGUGGUUUUGGCGAGUGAGAAACAACAGGGUGAUGGAUGGAUACCCCAUGCAAAUUACUUACUUCUGGAGGGGCUUGCCUCCCAGUAUCGAUGCAGUGUAUGAAAACAGUGAUGGAAAUUUUGUCUUCUUUAAAGGUAACAAAUAUUGGGUAUUCAAGGACACAACUCUUCAGCCUGGUUACCCUCACGACUUGAUUACUCUUGGAAGUGGAAUCCCCCCUCAUGGUAUUGAUUCAGCUAUUUGGUGGGAGGACGUUGGGAAAACCUAUUUCUUCAAGGGGGACAGGUACUGGAGAUAUAGUGAAGAAAUGAAAACCAUGGACCCUGGCUAUCCCAAGCCAAUCACAGUCUGGAAAGGGAUCCCUGAAUCUCCUCAGGGAGCAUUUGUGCACAAAGAAAAUGGCUUUACGUAUUUCUACAAAGGAAAGGAGUAUUGGAAAUUCAACAACCAGAUACUCAAGGUAGAACCUGGAUAUCCAAGAUCCAUCCUCAAGGAUUUUAUGGGCUGUGAUGGACCUACAGACAGAGUUAAAGAAGGACACAGCCCACCAGAUGAUGUAGACAUUGUCAUCAAACUGGACAACACAGCCAGCACUGUGAAAGCCAUAGCUAUUGUCAUUCCCUGCAUCUUGGCCUUAUGCCUCCUUGUAUUGGUUUACACUGUGUUCCAGUUCAAGAGGAAAGGAACACCCCGCCACAUACUGUACUGUAAACGCUCUAUGCAAGAGUGGGUGUGAUGUAGGGUUUUUUUUCUUUCUUUCUUUUCCAGAAGUUUGUGGUAACUUGAGAUUCAAGACAAGAGCUGUUAUGCUGUUUCCUAGCUAGGAGCAGGCUUGUGGCAGCCUGAUUUGGGGCUGACCUUUCAAACCCAGAGGGUUGCUGGUCCUGCACAUGAGUGGAAAUGCACUCGUGGGGAAGCUUCCAUGAUGCGCAGUAUCUGCUGUUCUCCAGUCCUUUGUCUUUCUUUGUCAUUCAGUUCUAGGCCUUUCCUCUGCACACUCAAUGCCCAGUAAAAUUUCAGGAUUAACUAAAGAAGAGGAAAAAAAGAAGAAAAGAUUCUUCUUAAAGGUUUUUAAUAUUAUUUUCUUU